AUGAGUACUACAGAUCACACUUCCACGGUCCCUGUCCUGGCAGAGCCGGCGUUGGACUACCACUUCAAGUACACGGUGCAAAAGGGCGUUUUCAUGCAGAGCGAAGAUGAGACUGAUGACAAGAGUUUCGACUUCAAGAAACAAAACUUUGGUCUGAUCGACCGUUCCUACCCAGGAGAAGAUAAAAGCGAAGAAAAGCAAUGGAAUCGUCUCGAGAAAUACGUGGCUAGUCUGGAAGCCACGAAGAAAGAGGGUGAGAGUUACAAAGUACUCUUUCUGGGCCGUCAUGGUCAGGGUUGGCAUAACGUUGCAGAGACAAAGUAUGGGACAAAAGCUUGGGAUUGCUACUACGCCGCCCUCGACGGCUACGACGGCAUAACCUGGGCGGACGCAAACCUCACCACUGUAGGCCAAGACCAAGCUCUCGCUGUGAACAAGCUAUGGGCCGAACAACUGCCUCUCGGCAUCCCACCCCCACAAACCUACUACGUCUCGCCCUUGACCCGCACAAUCGAAACAGCAAACCUGAGUUUCAAGUCUCUUCCUCUUCCCGAGUCACGCCCUUACAAACCCUUCAUCAAAGAGCUCGUCCGCGAAGCCCUCGGCGUACACACAUGUGACCGUCGCAGUACAGCCUCGCACAUCAAAGCCACCUUCACGGAUCCACCUCUCACUUUUGAACCCGGGUUCUCAAACGAAGAUCUACUCUGGGAAGCUGGAUACCGUGAACCGAGGUCUGCAAGACGGUACCGCCUAGCCACGUUUCUGGAUGAUGUUUUCGCCACCGACGACAAUGUGUGGUUGAGUUUCACCAGUCAUUCGGGAGCGAUUGGCAGUAUGCUGGAGGUGCUUGGGCAUAGGGCGUUUGCGCUUGAGACGGGCGGUGUUAUACCAGUUUUCGUCAAGGCGGAGAGGGUGGAGGGAAAGAGGGAGGUUCCGCCUAAGGAACCUAGUGCUUCGCCGCCGUUGUGUAAUGCACAAAUAUUAGCGAAAGCGCAUAAAGAACACAGUCUGCUCUCACAUCCCCGUCUCAUCGAUUACCAUCUACCGAUUCCUCAGCAGCAGAAAAUGUCCACCCCUCCGCCCAUCGAACGAGACCUCUCUUGGAGUUUCGAUCAACUCAAGAAGAAAUACGACAUCCUCUGGAACGCGUACUCUGAUCAUCACGUGCCGCUUGGUGAUAGGAGUGAAGAGGAUAAGAAGAGGAUUGCCGAGCUUGAGACUUUGGUAGAGGAUUUCAAGAAGAAGGACGAGGCCAAGCUUGAGGAGCAGAAGAAGAGCGAGGCGCGGAACAAGGCAUCGAUUGAGUCGCAGAAACCAUACGAAGGAGACCCACACAAUCUCUAG